ACAUUGGUUACACACACAGGUUUCGGGACAGAGCUUUUCUCAGGCAUUCAGCGCUGAAUUGAACGGCUCUAGUCGCUUAGUAGACUAUAGUCCAAAAUACUGGCGGAUCUGGACGGAGACAAUUUCGUGUUCUGAUCUCUUAAUCUCUUAAAAAAAAAACAUUUCUAGUAAUUUCUACUAUUUCUAAAGAAAAGGGGGGGGGCUAUUUCCUCCCUUUCCAUCCAUCCAUUCUUCCAUCUUUCCCUCCCCUAAGGGCCGCUGGACGGAUAGCCGAGGAGGCCGUGGAGCGCACUUGUUCAGGAAGGGGAGAAAGAGAACGAGCAGGACACUUUUUUUCCAGCGGGCAGAGGCACUCUGCGGGGACGGGUUGGUGUUCGACUUUCACGGCUUCUGCACUGCGCUCGACUUCGACUUUCACGGCUUCUGCACUGCGCUCGACCCGCUUGUGGAGAAUACGAUGACUGGUGGCGAGACACCCGAGCGGUGGCGGAUGCUCCCCACUCUGCUAUGGUGAUGUUGCCCGCGUCCAAAUGUCCCCUCCUCGGAUGAGACCACGUAUGAAUGGACGGCUGUGCAGGUGAUGGAGAGAAUAUGAUCAUUGUGUCGAGGGGGACAUCAUUAAAUAGUUGAUUCAGCUCUAAUAUUAGCCUACAUUACAUUACAAACCACGACGGAUUUCAAUUAAAGAUGAUUAUUGAAUGCAAAUAAGAAAAAUCAACAAAUGUCACAUUUAUCCUUUUCGUGUAUAAGGAUGCCAGUUCAUCUUUGCGCGCGUGUAAAGCGUGUGUGAGGUGGCGGGAGACAAAUUAGCCAAUGUACCAAACAUUGCGGAUGUUACAAAAUAAAUAAAUAAUUAUAGAUUUUAGCUAUUUUUUCCAACAUGUUUUGGUGUCUGAAACGUACCAUGGCAAUCACGACCAACAUGCCCGGUUGAGGGGAAACACUUGGUGGAUUUAUUUUCUUAUUUUGAUAAUAUGAUUGAUUUGAAUAUUGUGCUGUGGUCAUGAUGACAAUACAACAUUUUAUCUUCAAGCGAAGCACAACGGGCUUCUGACGAGCCUAUCACACCAUGGAAAUGGUUCGGGAGAAAACGAUGGAGCAGCCAUGGAGAACAUGAAACAUUUAUACUAACUCAUCUUGGAAUGUCCCCAAUCUGAUAUCCCCAAUAUCCCAAAAGAGCCUUACUCCUCUUUUUUGGACAUCUAAAAACAAACUGAAGAGGAAUUGUGAAUCCUACUGCACUGAUAGUCGUGCAACAAGCCAAGCCAUCCACCCCACCCCCACCCCACGUUGCAUUUUUUUUACACCCGCACUUGACCAUUAGCACUAACCACAGAGAGAGACCAAAAACUACAUGGCGUCUUCAUCUUGUAAAGGCCGCACCAUAUAGGCUUACCGCCCGGCAACUUUCGCCCUAUGCAGGUGGAAGAAGCAGAAUAAAACAGUUGAGUGUCUGAGCAGUCCGCAGGCAGAUGGGAUGUAAUGUUGUGUGGUCGUGCUGAGCAUUCGCCUCCUUCUCAGCUACAGCUGCUUUGUAAAGAUUUGGUGUCCAGAGAAUGGCGCGGUUCGAAAACGAGAUGCCGUCCAGGUAUGGCGGCGGCCACGGCCAUGGACCAGGGCAUGGGCAUGGACCUGGAGGCCCUGGCCGCGGCGGCAGCCGGCAGGGCGGCCCGCCUGGAGGCCCCGGGGGACAGCGGGUCUACAAGCAGUCCAUGGCGCAGAGAGCCCGGACCAUGGCCCUGUACAACCCCAUCCCGGUGCGUCAGAACUGCUUCACCGUCAACCGCUCGCUGUUCAUCUUCAGCGAGGAUAACUUUGUGAGAAAAUACGCCAAAAAGAUUACAGAAUGGCCUCCGUUUGAGUGGUUGAUCCUGGCCACCAUCUGUGCCAACUGUAUUGUCCUGGCUCUGGAGCAACAUCUGCCUGAUGGAGAUAAGACUCCUCUGUCUGAACGCCUGGAUGACACUGAGCCCUACUUCAUAGGGAUCUUCUGUUUUGAGUCAGGCAUUAAGAUCCUGGCUCUAGGAUUUGCCUUCCAUAAGAACUCCUACAUAAGGAACGGAUGGAAUGCCAUGGACUUCGUAGUAGUAUGCACAGG